AUGUUCAAGAGGUGUCCUCUCUUUUUUAACAUCUCAGAGAAGAAGAUAUUGAACUCCAUUGAAACAUUUGUCGGCCUAGGAUUCAGUAGAGAUGAGUUUGCUAUGAUGGUUAAGAACUUUCCUGCGUGUCUUAACUAUUCUGCAGAGUCGGUGAAGCAGAAGACUGAGUUUGUGGUGAAGGAGAUGAAGUGGCCAAUAAAGGCUGUGGCUUUGUUCCCUCAGGUACUUGGAUACAGCCUUGAGAAGAGAACUGUGCCUAGGUGUAACGUUAUCAAAGCUCUCAUGUCUAGAGGGUUGCUAGGAAGAAGUGAACUCCCUCCCAUUGCGUCUGUGUUGUCUUUGAGCAAUCAAGCCUUCUUAAACAAGUAUGUGAAUAAACAUGAUGACAAGGAGUUGGUGGCUGAGCUUAUGGCUAUCUUCACUGGAGGCCAUGUUUCAUAAAUAAGAAGGCUUUAUGAAUGUGUUAACAACCUCAGUUUUAGACUUUUGUAGUUUUAGUUUGAUCCCGUGACCUGUUUCUUUCUGUUUGCUGCAGUCCGAAUUUGAAAAAAUUACCAAAGUGGAACUUUGAAUCUCUUCUAACAGUCAUUGCAGUAGACAUUCUCUGUCUCUAUCUUCACUUGGUAUAUAUAUAUAAACUUCAAGGACAACCUCUCUUCUC